GCCCCCGGUUACAGUGUGUGAUUCCAGCGGAUGCGUCCCGGUGACAGACGGGACCUCCGGCCAAUCAGAUCUCGCAUGCUGGAUUUAGGGCGGGCUCUAAACGCAGAGGUGGGAUUUUAGCUACCGUCCAUCUUCAGCUACAUUACAGUGAGCCAGCUUGUCGAAAAGAAAACACAAAUUGGAAGUAAAGAAGAUUUUCUGGAAAUAGUUUUUUGGCCGUAUUUGAAAAAAGACAAAGGUCCAAGUCCAUACCCUAGCACACUUGGUGACAGACGGAAUGUGGACAUUGUCGUAGUCAGAGCCAUGGCUGACAAGAGAAAACUUCAAGGUGAGAUCGACAGAUGUUUGAAAAAAGUAGCGGAAGGUGUAGAACAGUUUGAAGAUAUCUGGCAAAAGCUCCAUAAUGCAGCCAAUGCAAACCAGAAGGAAAAAUAUGAGGCUGACCUCAAGAAAGAGAUUAAAAAACUACAGCGAUUGAGGGAUCAGAUAAAAACAUGGGUGGCCUCAAACGAAAUCAAAGACAAAAGGCAGCUAGUUGAGAACCGCAAACUUAUAGAGACGCAAAUGGAGCGGUUCAAGGUGGUGGAACGUGAAACAAAAACAAAAGCUUACUCUAAAGAAGGCUUGGGGCUCGCUCAGAAAGUGGAUCCAGCUCAGAGGGAAAAGGAGGAAACGGGAACGUGGCUUACAAAUACGAUAGACACUCUAAACAUGCAGGUGGACCAGUUUGAAAGUGAGGUGGAAUCUCUGUCAGUUGUGACGAAAAAGAAGAAGGGGGGUAAUGACAAGCAAGAACGUGUUGAGGAGCUCAAGCGGCAGAUUGAGAGACAUAGAUUCCACAUUCGUAUGUUGGAGACCAUUUUACGAAUGCUGGACAAUGACUCAGUGCCGGUGGAUUCAAUCCAGAAGAUCAAGGAUGAUGUUGACUACUACAUCGAUUCGUCCCAAGACCCAGACUUUGAGGAGAAUGAGUUCCUCUAUGAUGACUUAGACCUGGAUGACAUACCAUUAGUUGCAACUUCUCCGUCAGGUCAGGGCAACUUGGAAGAUGAGAUGUAUCUCCAUUCCAAUAGCACUCCCACUUCCACCACAUCUUCUUCACCCAUCCCUCCAUCCCCAGCCACAUGCACUGCUGAGAACUCAGAGGACGAUAAGAAAAGGGGACGCUCGACAGACAGUGAAGUUAGUCAGUCGCCUGUGAAAAACGGCACCCCAUCAUUGCUGUCUUCCUUCUCGUCCUCCUCAACCUCUGGGUCUUCGUCUUCCUCCUCCCUGGUGUCCAUGUCGAGUGUUGUCGGAGGCAUUACUCCGGUGCCCACGAGCAGCAGUCUAAUAGGAAGCUUCAGCAGUGCGGUGCAGCAACAUCAGCAUCAAUCUGCACAACAGCAACAACAGCCUCAGCCACCAAACCAACCGCUGCAACUACAGCAGCAGCAGCAGCAGCCACCUCAGACAAAACCUUCUGUCCCCUCAAACAACGCCCCCAGCCCGCCCAGCAACCCUCUACUCCCAUCCUCCACCUCUCCCUCUCUCCUUGCGUCUAGCACACCCAGUUCAUCAGCCCCAAACUCUCAGCCUCAGAUCACACCAGGGCCCAGCCCGGCAUCCAGCUUGGGACUUGGUCUUGGAUUUGGAUUGAGCAAAGUUGGCAUAACAGGGACCAACAGUGCCAACCAAAUUGCUGGUUUAGGCCUGGUUGGCCACCCCACUCCUCUCAACACAAUGGCAGGGCUCCUUUCGGGCUCCACAUCUGCCCCUUACGCUCAGGCAGCAGCAUCGGGAGGUUUGGGUUUGAGCAGCAUCACUCAGUCCAUCAUUUCAGUGGAGAGCAGCACUUCCAUCCCCACCUCCGGCUCCAGUGGAGUCACCACCAACGGGGCAGGGACAGGGCUUGGAUUAUUAGUUACCAGCCCGGUUCACAGCUCACUGAGUGGGAGUAUUCUGGGUCUGGUUCCUGGACAAAGUCUGGCCCCAGGUGCCUCGCAGGUGCCGCAGAGUACUGUCAGCUCUACCUCUAGUGUAGUCAGCAUGAUGGGAGGAAAUGUGGGAAAUGUCAGUGUGGUCGGAGGAGUAGGGGUGAAUGCUGCUCCUGCAAGACCACCGAGUGGACUCAAGCAAAAUGGAAGCACAAGUUACAGUGCUGUAGUAGCAGAGAUCGCCACAGAAUCAGCUCUGAGUACACCGAGCCAAUCACAAAGCAGCCAACCCUCGUCUCUCAGUUCCUCAACCAGUCAGCCGAUGGACAAUGGUCCCAGUUUAAUCAGCUCCAUCACGCUGCCUCCCAGCUCUCCAUCCCCCUCGUUCUCAGACAGCACACCUGGAGGUGGGAGUCUUCUUAAUGGACCCCACUCCUACACACAGGCCACUGAGGGCCUCAAGACUCCUGAGCCUCUCAGUUCUCUGAAGGCGAUGGCUGAGAGAGCAGCCCUGGGUUCAGGCCUGGAUGGAGAGAUUCCUAACCUGCACCUGACAGACAGAGGUGGGAACGACAUCUUCUCUAGUUCGUCUGCGGCACCUGGCACGCCUGCUGCCCCUCAGCCGUCCGUGUCGGAGGUCAGCAUCCCCCCGUCACUCGGAGUCUGUCCACUCGGCCCCACCCCUCUCCCCAAGGACCAGCUGUACCAGCAGGCCAUGCAGGAGUCUGCCUGGACACACAUGCCACACCCCUCAGACUCUGAGAGGAUCAGGCAAUACCUGAUGAGGAACCCGUGUCCGACCUUGCCCUUCCAUCAUCAGAUACCACCACAUCACUCGGACUCCAUAGAGUUCUACCAGAGACUCUCCACAGAAACCCUCUUUUUCAUCUUCUACUACCUGGAGGGCACCAAGGCUCAGUAUCUGUCAGCCAAGGCUCUGAAGAAGCAGUCGUGGAGGUUUCACACCAAGUACAUGAUGUGGUUCCAGAGGCACGAGGAGCCCAAGACGAUCACAGAUGAGUUUGAACAGGGCACUUACAUUUACUUUGACUACGAAAAAUGGGGCCAGAGGAAGAAGGAGGGGUUCACCUUCGAGUAUAGGUACCUGGAAGACAGGGACCUGCAGUGACAGACUGAAGGACAUGAAAGGACAGAGAGAGACAAAAACGUGCUGCUGUUGACAUUCCGAGACUGAACUCCAAACUGUGGAUAGAGAUUGUGAUGUGUAGUAGAAACCCUCUCCUGAAACGGAGACUGGUGUCUGUAUAGGCUGCAUCUCAACGUGAAGCUCUUGCUCCUCCUGUAGCGCUUUGCUUCCGGACAAAAAUGCCCCAUGGGCCUGAUCCGAUGCGUCGCGCUGCACGAGCUGGGAGGGCUCUCAUUAGAGGUCUGCGUUUGUGCCUGUCUGUGUGCACACUCAGUUUGUGGCAUUAGGAAAGCCUACCCCAUGCAUGUUUCUCAUGUUUUCUUUUCUUUUUCCGUUUCAACGAGAUUCUCUGUACCACCUACCCACAUGAGCCUGGAAGCCUUUGACUUGACACAAAACAAACCUUGGAUUUGAUUAAGCAUACUGCCCAUCUUGUAUUUACUGUAACUUGGUGGUUUAGAAUGGGAACAUACAGUGGAUAUUUAGUCAUGGGGUGUAGGAACGGCUUCUUUUAAGACCCUAUGAUGCCUGUUGAACAUGGUCACUAUUAGAGAUAGUGAGCAGUUAUCAAUAGUUUUAUUGAUAUUGUCUUGGUCGAUUAAAACGCUGAUUGAGAGUGACCACAGGGCCUCUCCCUGUGACAGGGAAAGAGUCCUUAUUGGACAUGGAUUAAAUUGCUAUGCAAUUGAA